UGUGUAAUUAUUUAUUAACCAGACUAUUGCAUUGGUAGUGUUAUUUUUGUUAUAAAACUAGGAUAGUUAUUCUUGACAUAUCCAACUUUUUAACCAUCAAUAUGACAGAAUAUGCAAUUGUACUGCAGAUGAACAAUCUUACAUAUCUUGCAACAAAUAAGAAAAUAACUUAGGCAGUGACCAGCAGAAGUGGUGCUAAAUGAAGAGCCGUUUCGGAGCCGAAAGAGUCGGCUCUCGGAAAGGAACGGAGCCAUAACAUCCGGCUCCCUUCAAAGAGCCGUAAUACGCAUUACUAGUUCGUUGUGGACGUCAUACGUCAUCUACGUCUGCGAAAUGAUAAUGGAAGCACGCCGCUGAGUUUUAAACGCUUUUAAAUGUACUGUAUUUUCGGUAUCGCUUUCAAUGAAAUCCAGUUGUUUGGACUUAUUGUUGCUGCUGGACGGGACAUGGCUGCAACACCGUAACUAUACCCAGCGAGUUUAAACAUGUGAUGGCUUUAAUUACAGCUAAAUCAACCAGUUUCACAAUGUCCGUGGUGGUUCAGAACACCCAGGGCUGGGUUUUGGAUGCCGGCUCUCUCAUUGAUCAGGGGUAUUCGCGCUGCAUCCGAUUUAAGGAUAAUCAAAAGUCACAUGUCAGGUGUCGUUUCAAAGGGCAGUGUUUUCAGAUUUUAAAAAGUCAUUAUAGUGCGAGGACCAGUGCUGCUGUGGAUCGAGGAAACACGGAUAUGUUGCAGAAAACAGACAAACCAACAAAGAAAAGGAAACGGAAACAUAGUGAACUCAACCAGGGAGAAGUUGAUUCACAAGCCUUCCAUGAGAAGAUCAGGUGUGUGAUCCUGGAGGGAACCAAGUCCUUGGUGGAUUCUGCCCGAUCCUUCGGAUAUCUAAACGGAGUGACAGACACAGCGAAGGAGCCUCUUCCCUCUCAGGAGUGUAGCCUUGCUGCUCUUUGUGAAAUGGCUAAAGAGCUUCCUCUAGUGGACGAUGAGGAGCAGGACGAGUGUGUUCAGUUACUUGUUGCUGAAGAUGGCUGCACAUCACAUGUCGACUUGUUCUCUCGGGUAACAGAGAGCAGGGCGGAGCAGGCUACAGUGGUUACACUGAUGGGAGAGGAAUAUGUAAUACCACCACACACAGCCUUCCUGCUUUCUGAUUUCACAAGAAUACAACCCCUAGUCCACUAUGGAAGGAGGUUUGACUUAAUAGUUAUGGAUCCACCGUGGGAGAACAAGUCUGUGAAAAGGAGUCGCAGAUACAGUUCUUUGCCUUCAACCCAGCUGAAAUGGCUCCCUAUACCCCUACUGGCGUCUCUGAACUGUUUAGUGGUCACCUGGGUCACAAACCGUCCCAGCCACCUGCGUUUCGUCCGUGAUGAGCUGUAUCCACACUGGGGAGUAGAAGUUGUGGCAGAGUGGUUCUGGGUCAAGGUCACUACAUCUGGAGAGUUUGUGUUUCCACUGGAUUCAAAUCAUAAGAAGCCAUAUGAAGUGCUGGUGCUGGGCCGAUAUCGUUCCUCUGCAAAUAACUUCAUAAGCUCUUUAGAGACGUCAGAGGUUCCUGUGGAGGAUCAGCGUUUGAUUGUCAGCGUCCCAUCAGCUCUCCACUCCCAGAAGCCUUCACUCUCAGAGGUGUUGAAGCCCUAUGUCGGAGAUGAAGCCAAGUGUUUGGAGCUGUUUGCCCGAAGUCUUCAACCUGGAUGGACCAGCUGGGGCAAUGAAGUGCUCAAAUUUCAGCACACAAGCUAUUUCACUUUGACGCCAACGGAUGAUCGAGCAGACGUUCCCAAAGAGGAGGCCACAGACGAUUGCACAGAUAAAGCCACAGUUACACCAGUGUUAAGUUUACCUGGAGAAACGUCUGCUCCGCAUCACUGUCCUACCAAUGCGGACUAAAGAAAGACUGACCUUCAACACUUGUCACAUCAGUAUUUUAGUGUUUUUAAUAAAGAUUCAACACCAAAAUAAAUCGCUACUUCCCUUUGAUCUGUACUUCUCAUGCAUGUGGGAACUUUGAUUUCUUUUUUUGGGGUCUGGGUACAUUUUUAAGGUAGCGAAUCACAGGGCUGAUGAUGCAUUUGAAGAGAUGAAAGUGCAUUUCUGUGCAGCUGUGUUUUUAACUUCCCACAUUGCAAUCAGAUAAACAACAUUCAAGGUUUUAUUUUUUAAUCUUUGGCACACUAUGUGUCUUAAGGAUGAUCAAAGUAUUUCUAUUUUUUAGUAAUUUUAUGCUGUUUUGAGCUGAAUUUCACAAUGUUAUCCAAUCCUAAUGAAAGAAACAGUGUCGUAUUGAAUGCAUUUGGUUUGCUUGUAACUGUCCUUUAACAGAACUUUUGUUUAAAGGUUUUUCACAACAACACACUGCUGUAUCCUCCACUCUGCCUUUGUACUGCCAAGGACACCCAGUUCUACCCUUACAUAAGCUGUCCGUGAAUUUUCCUUCUUUCCACUGAAAGAUGUACCCUUGCACCCUUCCCUGUGUCACACUUCUAACCGUCAGCAUAGCCAUUAACCUAGCUUUUCCUGCGGGGGGGGGGCUCUCUAAUGAGUCUGUGGUCUCCAGAGAGAGGAGAGGUGGUGUUGUGGGGAUGAGCAGGGCUGUCUUUAAGGCAGAUGAGAAUGAGUUACGGCCUCUGCAGCGCAGUACACAUCACAGCUAAUGAAGCUAGGGUGUGACUCCAGCAGGAUCAUUUACACAUUACCUUGUCAUGCUCUCUAUCUCUCUCUAACACACACACAACACCAGUCAACACAUCUAUUUCUCCUUAUCUGCCCUGACUAAAGUCAGGAAGAGAAGCAGAUAAAUACUUUGUUGAGGAAUUGUUCAGCACAAUAAUCAAAGAGAAAUCAAAGUUCUUCACAGAUUUCCUGCAAUUAAACUAAAAAGAGCAGUGACUUUGGGGUUCCCAUAAUGUUGAGGGUUGUGCGUAUUCUGUAAUCCAGAGGUUUUAAGACUGAAAUUAUUUUUAAAUACAGCAACAUGGGACAUUUUAUGAUGCUCUUUUAUAUGCUCUAUGAUACUCUUUAGUGUGUCAUACUAUAUUAAAAGGUUCACUGUUAAGUUUCCAUUGUAAGUAAAUGUGAUUCUGUUUAGUUUGACAAAAAAACUCAUUUCACAAGGUCCACUUGUUUUCCAUAGCUUUCAGCCAUUGGCCUUCAGCAGAUGGAGUUCAUUCAGUUGUCAUGGAGAAGGUAUAGAUGUUACCACAUGAUCAAAGUAUGAAAUUUCUGCCACUUGUUAACAAGUGGAGGAAGUUUUUUAGUGUCUACAUUUCACCCUGAAACCCAUGUUGUGUGUCUUCAAGGCCUUACAAACAAGGGGAAUGCAUUUCUGACUUUAUAAAACAUUGGCAAUCCAAAUUUUUUAUGUUUUAGAAACCUGCAGUGUUUACAUCACCUUGUGGUCUUCUCUUGUCUUGGCUACGUGCCACCUGUUACAAUGAUUUAAGGCACACCAACUGUUGAUAUGCAGUACUUCGCUCUGUAAGCAGCAGAAAAGUUUAAAUACAUGAAAUACAACAAAUGCAGUGACCUGCUCAUCAAGUCAUUCCUCUACAACAGGGGUUUUCAAGUCAACUAUCACUGGAUUAAUGUCAUUUGUUCAAAUUUGACUAAGUUAUGACUCCGAGAAGGAGCACGCAUUUUGACGCAAAUCGGGAUGGCAAGUAGGCGUUAAGGGUUUUAAAGUAGCUAUCCUAACUUGCCUUUCACCUCGUGCAGUAUCUUUGCCUCAUGUCUCUCCCUCCGCGCCCUUAAACUUUCCCUCCCAAUUUGAAAACCUCUGCUCUACAACACCACUAGCAGUCAAAAUCUCCACCAAGUAACUUCAAUGAUAACAUGUUGAUAGGGCUAAUAAUUUAGCUAAAAUUAUAGCACAAAAGUGCUAUGAUGAGGUCAUUGUCAUGGUGAUACAGUGAAAAUCGAUGAAAAUGUCAAUUAAAAAUGUGUUUGAUACUUUUA